CCUGUACUGGGCGUGGCCUGGCCGUGUCACUCUACCUGUCGCGGUGAUCCUCGCGUUAGAAACACGUUGAGUCGGUGAGCGCGACACGCUGCGACACGCGGUGCUUCUCUGUAACUCACGUGUAACUUCGACCGAAAAGCGGGGAAAAGACGGAGGAACCGAGGACGUGAAUAUUUAUAUGGAAUCCCAGAACCCACUGAGGAGAAAAAAACGAUCUCUUCAAAGCGUCUCCAGGGUUCAAUAAAGCGCGCAGGAACCAGCAGGAGGAAGCAGCCAUGAAUCCGACAGACCGUGAGAACGACGUGGUCAGAGACUGGAGCAGGAAAGCAGAGAAAGAUCAGAGUUGGAUCCCAAAGAUCAUAAAGAAGAGAGUGUGCACGGCGUUUGUGGAGGAUCCUCAUAGUAAUGGUGAAAAGUGUCAGUGUGGUGGUGCUUGUGGUCUUCAUGGUUCUGUAGCUACAGGUGAUUAUUUUGGUUCUGCUAUCGUGACUCAGUGGGACUCCUCCAAACACACGUCUGAGUGUCCAACUGAUGCUUUUGGAGAGCUCAAGUUUGCUGGCAUCGCUCACAGACACAGUCACUUCCUGCGUCUGUCCUGCGACACUCCCGCUUCCAUUGUGUACGCUAUCCUGACUCAACACUGGGGUCUGCCGGCUCCCAACCUGGUGGUGUCGUUGGUGGGUGGAGCCAACCAGGAGAAGGUCAAGAGCUGGGUACGCGAUGUGGUGAGACAGGGGCUGGUGCGCGCUGCACAGAGCACAGGUGCCUGGCUCGUGACCAGCGGGCUGAGGGAGGGUGUGGGCCGUUGUGUCGGCGAGGCAGUGAGGGAUCAUGGAACUGCGGCUGCGUCCCAAUCCAAAUUGGUAGCUCUGGGCGUGGCCCCGUGGGGUCUGGUGAACAACCGGCAACAACUUGUCAAUGCAGAGGGCAGCUUCCCAGCCAGAUAUUAUGUUCAGAACACGUCUCAGGACUCGUGUUUCCUGGACAGUAAUUAUCAGGCUUUCCUCCUGGUGGAUGAUGGAAGCACCGGCCACCGAGGAGGAGAGAGGGGUUUCAUCACCAACCUGGAGAAAUUCAUCUCCCAUCAGCGCACCGGGAUAUGGGGCAGCGGCAGUAUCGAGAUCCCUGUGUUGUGUGUGCUGAUAUCUGGGGAUGCGUCUAUACUGAAGAGGAUGGACAUGUCUCUGAAUAAGUCCACACCCUGGUUGGUGUUGAACGGCUCGGGUCCUGCGGCAGACAUGGUCACAGAGCUGCUGAGCGACCUGAGCAGAGCAACAUCUCCUGUGGAUGGUGUGGACAGAGACGUCUCCAACUCCGAUCUUAGAGACAAAGUGCGAGAGAUCAUCAAGAAAUAUUUCCCCUCUGAGAAAACAGUGGAGAAGCUGGUGGACCAGUCUCUUCGCAUCUACCAGAAAAGAUCUCUGAUCACGGUGUUCCAUGGAGACCAGGACAGUCCUGAUGAUUUUGAGACGGUGAUCCUGAGAGCUCUGGUGCGAGCCAGUAAGCAGGUGAACAGUAAUUCCAGUGAGUACACAGAGGAGCUGAAGUUGGCUGUGGCCUGGAACAGAGUGGACAUUGCAAAGAGUGAGCUGUUCAUCGGCGACAUCCAGUGGACGUAUGAAGAUCUGGAGGACUCCAUGACGGACGCUCUGGUGAACGAUAAGCCUCAGUUUGUUCGUCUCUUCACAGAGAACGGUCUGAACAUUCUGGAGUAUCUGACGUAUGAGCGUUUGGAGUCUCUGUACCAGUCUCUCUGCAGCAGCUCACUGGCCUACACACUGCUGCAGUCGUGGUUGAGGGACAGACAGAACAUGGCCUUCUCUCAGACCUGUUCACCCGACACAGACGGGAACUGUAAGGACCUGAAGAGUGCCGUGUCGACGCCGUCGAGCACUCGGGGACUCAGCCUGUUUGAGGUUUCACGGUUAUUAGGGGAGAUUUUCGGAGGCAUGUGUAAACCGUUUUAUUACGUGCCUCUUGGACUGGAAACCAGAUCAAGUACAAGGAGAACUGUAAAGCAUGUGAAUAAGAUUCUGCAGGGUGACUGUGCAUAUCGUCAUCAGCAGGUUGCGUUCCCAUGGUCCUCUCUCUUCAUCUGGGCUGUUCUGCAGAACCGUAGUGAGAUGUCCAUUUUUUUCUGGGAGAUGGCGGGUGAGUCUGUAAUGAGCGCACUUAGUGCAUGUAAGAUCCUCAGAGAGCUUUCCAAGCUGGAGAAUGAGACUGAGACCCAGUUGUCCAUGAAAGACCUGGCGCAGAGAUUUGAGAACCUGGCUCAUGACAUGUUUAGCGCCUGCUACCAGAGCAACGAGACCCGCUCCCUUACACUGCUCAUCAGGAUGUCCCCGUUUUGGGGCGGAGCUACCUGUCUACAGAUGGCCACAGUGGCCGACGCCCGACUUUUCUUCAGCCAUGAUGGUGUGCAGACUCUUCUGGCUCAGAUCUGGUGGGGUGACAUGUACAGCCGGACUGAAGUGUGGAAGCUCAUCAUGGCCUUCUUCCUGCCUCCUCUCAUCUACACCAACUUCAUCACCUUCAGAGAGCAUCAUGAUAGACAUGCAGAUGGUUUGGAGGGGUCACAACAUGUAACGUUCUCUCUGGCUGAUAUCACACAGCACAUGGAGGAUGACAACAAGCCGGAGGAUAACAGAGAUGGGGACAAUGCUGGCCACGUCUGUUCUCUUGCUGACAUCACACACACGGAGGAGGAUCUGGAGGAACACAUUACUUUAACCAAAGACUAUAAAGGAAAACAAGCAUCUCCCCAUAAACAUCCAUACGUUGUACACCGAUGGAGGCAAUUCUGGUUCGCGCCCGUCACUUCGUUUCUAGGCAACGUGAUAAUGUACUUCCUCUUCCUCUUCCUUUUCGCCUAUGUCCUAUUGGUCGAAUUCAAACCUCCGCCUCCAGUUGGUCCCAGCUACAUUGAAUAUUUGUUGUACUUUUGGGUUUUUACUUUGGUCUGUGAGGAGCUUCGACAGUCAUUUGUCAGCGGCUCAGGGAGUUUUUCUAAGAGUAUAAGUAUAUACAUCCAGGACAUGUGGAACAAGUGUGACAUCACAGCCAUCUUCCUCUUCACCCUUGGCCUCAUCUGCAGGAUGUUUGAGUGGUCAUAUGAGUUUGGUCGUUCGGUGCUAUGUGUCGACUUCAUGGUCUUUACUCUGAGACUUAUUCACAUCUUCGCUGUUAACAAACACCUCGGACCCAAAAUCAUCAUCCUCGGAAAAAUGGUGAAGGAUGUUUUCUUCUUCCUCUUCUUCCUGGGAGUCUGGCUAUUGGCUUACGGCGUGGCCAAUCAAGCGCUGAUAUACGCCUAUGACCCUCGACCCUACUGGGUACUUCGCAGAGUUUUCUACAGACCGUACCUUCACAUCUUCGGCCAGAUACCACUGGAUGAAAUAGACGCUCAUAAACGUAUACAGAAGGUUUGCACCAGCAACGUGACUCUGAUCCAGCAGGGAGCUGAACCCUGUCCACAGUCUGAAGCCAACUGGCUCGUCCUCAUCCUGCUGUCCAUCUACCUGCUGGUCACCAACGUCCUGCUGCUCAACCUGCUCAUUGCCAUGUUCAGCUACACAUUCAGUAAAGUACAGGAGCACAGUGAUGUUCACUGGAAGUUCCAGCGUUAUAACCUGAUAGUGGAGUAUCACUCUCGCCCGUGUCUUGCUCCGCCCUUCAUCAUCCUCUCUCACCUGCGGCUCUUCAUCAAGAGAACAAUCCGCAAAGUUCCGUCUGUCAAAAUCAAACACUUCAUGUUGGAUAUUAAGGGUAGGCAGGCGAGCAGGUUGAACACAUGGGAGGCUGUACAGAAGGAGAAUUUGCUCUCGACUCAGAGUAAGAAGCUCCGAGACAGCGACACCGAGCGACUCAGACGCACAUCUGCCAAGGUGGACAACAUGCUGAAACAGAUAGCAGAGAUUCGAGAUCAAGACCGUAGACUAAGAACGCUGGAGUCUGAGUUAGAGUAUUGCUCCAGCUCCCUCACGUGGAUAAUGGAAGAACUGGCGCAGAGUGACCUGAUCAAACACACCCGUCGCCCACCCCUCCACCGAGACUCAAAUCCAUCAUCUUCUUCCAGAUGAGAGAGCGCCAAACAGACGAGUCUCCAAACCAGAGGCUCUUCUGGAUUAACAGUGACGAUGACUAUGACGAUGAUGAUGAUGAUGAUGAUGAUGAUGAUGAUGAUUCUCUUGCAUUUCAAUGUUUUUUUUAAAUAAACACCAAGUCUGAAAACGUCCACGUUUCUGUUCACACAUCAGACAGAAUCACAGAACAGUUCUGUCAAGAUGAGCAGAUUUUCCCUUCUUCCUCUUUAUAUAUAUAUAUAUAUAUAUAUAUAAAUGUGUACAUUUCUUUUGUAGAUUGCAGUUGAGUUUAUGGGACUGUAAUUAUGGGUGAAAUGUAAAGUUUUGUUUUUAGGGAAUGUGAUUGAAGGGUCUCAUAUUUGUUCUGUGUUACUUUUAUACUCUUUUUUUUUUUUUCUAGGAGCUGAUUUUUAAUUUUCUAAAUAUAAAAAUUAUUUGAUUAUUAUGCUGCAUGUGUCUCUCCUGCGAGUUUAUUCUGUAAUCAUGGUCUUGGCCUUUCCUGGUGCCGCGGCUCGUGACCCCUCCCCGUCCUCUGAAGGGCGAGCAUUUGAUUCCAAGCGGUGGUCUCGCAGGAGCCUUACAUGGGAAGACUGGGGGCCAAAUCAGGCUCAGGUUCUCAUCUUGACUGACUGUAGAUCAGAGUCUCUGCUCCUGCGGCUGCUGCUUUCGAGAUCGCUGCGUACUUUAAAGAGCAAUACAGGAAUUUGGGUCCAAUGCAACGUAAUUCAGUGGUUUAUAUUAGAUCAGAUGUCACCAAUGAUUAAUGAAUAACUGAACAAUUGACUGUUGGUUCUGUUUGUAAACCUCACAGUCUUUAGAUUUUGUAAAUGUUCUUUUUAAGAACCCACACAAUUUUUAUUUCUGUUCAAUCCAUAAUUCCAGGAGUUGGUCGAAUGCAUACAAUUCUUCACCACGUGUAACCCAGUGUACAUUAUAAUUAAUAUUAAAUUUUGUUCAUCAUGAAAUUAAA